AUGGAGAUCUUAAAAGAACUUGAAGGUGUUCAUGUGAUCAAAGGACCUGAUCCAAGUUAUAAUGACAUUUGCUUGUCGUGUGCUGGAAGCUCUCGAAAACUUUCCCAUCUGUUGAUAUGUUUUUUGGGAAGGGACAAAAGCUGUCAUUAUCCCCUGAAAACUACUUGUUCAGGGUUGAAUGUGGAACAUAUUUCUUUGGAUGAAGACUAA